AUGCCCGUCCGAGUGCCUGGAAAAGACGUUCGGCACGAGUACGAUGCGGCCGUUCGGCGAGUCCAACGGACCGAUAAGAUCCCGCCGAAGCUUCUGUUCUUAUGUGAGCUCAGAUUGGGUGAGGUUCGAGUGAUUAUGAGUUGUGAGCAUUUGCAGUGAGAGCCAUCUCUUCAUGCUUCGGCUUCUGCAUGUCCGUCUUUCUGAUCACCGUCGGCUGGAUGAAUAUGAGCAAUUGCGAGGCGGACAAGCACAUUCCGUACUGGCUCAUCGUCACCGGCGUCGUCAUUUUCAUCAGUGCUCUCAACUUUCCCUUCUACCUCGUCGGAGUGAGUUUUCUAAGAGUAUUUAGGAAUGAACUAAAAUUGUUUCAGAGACGUCGUGCUCGUGCGGCGAAAGCUCCUCAAGAGCCCACAGAAAAAGAGAUCAAAGAGCUGACCCCUUUCAAAAUGCACCGAAUCAGUCGGUUCACCUUCUGCUGCCUGUGCAUGUGCAUCCCGAUCGGCAUCCUCUGGACACUCGGCAUCUUCCACGGCCACGAGAACUGCGACCCUGUCACCUACUGGGCCGCGUUCACCGUCAGCAUUCUCUACCUCGUCUGGAUGGUUCUGAUGCUCUGCGUCUGCUUCCUCGGCUGCUGUAUCGUCGGCGCGGCUCGAUGCGCGAAUCAAGUGCGCAGUUCGGAAGCUGAGACGGCAUGA